CGUUGUUCCUAGAAGAGCGUUCCCUGCCUGUGUUGAGCGUUGUGCUCAGGAGGAGUAAGUAAAGGUGCGCUGUGUGUAGCAGAUACAGGGCUGUGUCCCGCAGGCUCACUGUGUGCUCUACUGACUGGAUGGACUUGGAUUCCUCCCCUGUCCCACUGAGUCUACAUGCGCCGGGCCGGAGCACAAAAGCUAUUACAGUUUUGCUAAUGAAGUUGAAUUGCCCUUUAAGCUGUGAGUCUAAUUUUUCCCAAGUUUGAAGAAGACAAUGCACAGAAUGGAGGUGUUCGAGUUCAACCCUCAGCGCCAGUCUCUACUGGAUGCAAUCCAGCGCUUUAACACCGCCACAACAAUCAUGGAUGAAACCAUCAUGGUUCCAAGCAUGUUGCGGGAUAUCUCUCCUGACAAGGAAGAAUGUGGAGAAGUAGAAGAACAUCCAAACUGUAACCAAAUCGCUGAGCAGAAAUGCCUCUAUGAAUCCUACCUGCUUCUAAAAUCUCUCAGGCAUGACAUGAAGUGGGGGAUUCACCAGGACAGUAAGGCUACACCUGAGCACUACACUGAAAAAGAGGAAUCUCCUGAGGAUGAAACAAGUGAUCUUGUCGACCAAUUUCAGCAUCACCUGAAGGGACUUCUGUCUGUACUUACCAAACUGACAAAAAAGGCCAAUCUACUGACAAACUCUUACAAAAAGCAGAUUGAUAUUGGUGUUCCAAGUAGUAAGCAUUACUCCAGAAGCAUGUCUCACUAAAUGCCACAUUUUACUACUAUACCAUCAAAAUCACAUCCAUAUGCUGUCUCUCUUCAGGGAAAGUUUACGGCACAAUUCUCAUUUACUUUAAGGGAGUACAAUACAAUGUUUAUUGAUACCGGAUUUUUUUAUAUGUGAUGAUAUAUAAUUAUGUUAAACGUAAAUCGUAACUAACAUGACGAAAUUAGACUUGAAAAAAUGGGCAUUCUAUUUUGAUGAAUUAAUGGGAAAAGUAGAAAUGGAUUUACAGCAAAAAAAAACAAAACAAAAACAUUGCUCCAGUUAAAUAC